AUGGGGACAAUGGGUCCAAUCCUGUGGACCUUCUCUGUUCUAACUCUGACCAUUCCAAUUGAAUCACAAUCAAGAGGUAUGAAUCCUCCACACAAUGACAAAGUCUGCAGCACAUGGGGUAACUUCCACUACAAGACCUUUGAUGGAGAAAUUUUUCAGUUCCCUGGCAACUGCAACUACCUGUUUGCCUCCAACUGCAGGAAUAACUAUGAAGAUUUCAAUAUUCAGAUAAGACGAAAUGAAGGUGCAGAGAAUACCACCAUUUCAUAUGUGGUGUUGAAGAUCGAGGGGCUUGUCAUUGAUAUGAAGAGAGGAAAUGUCUCUGUUGGAGAUGAAAAAGUCACUCUUCCAUACAGUCAGUUUGGAGUACAAAUACAAAAGAGCAGUGUUUAUGUGAAGGUUACUGCUAAACUUGGACUGAUCUUUAUGUGGAAUGAAGAUGAUGCCCUCAUGUUGGUCUUGCCCUCCAAAUACAAUGGCAGCACAUGUGGUUUAUGUGGAAAUAUGAAUGGGUUGGUGCAAGAUGAAUUCAUAAUUAAUGAUAUUCCACUGACCCCACUGCAAUUUGGAAAUCUUCAAAAACUGGAUGGACCAACAGAAACAUGUGUAGAUAUAACUCCAGCUGCCUCUAAAAAAUGCAGUGACCUGCAAGAAACAUGCUUUAGAAUGCUCACCAGUCCAGCCUUCAUUGACUGUAACCGACGCCUUCCAGUGGAUCCAUAUGUGGCCUCUUGCAUGUUGGAUCUGUGCAGCUGCACAACGUCUUCUGAUGCCUCCUGUUUCUGUGACACUCUGGCUGAGUACUCACGUCAGUGCACCCAUGCUGGUGGCAGACCCCAAGAAUGGAGAAAAAAUACUGUUUGUGGCGCGAAAUGUCAAAUGAAUAUGGAAUAUAUGGAAUGUGGAUCACCGUGUACGGACACCUGUUCCAAUCCUGACAGGUCACUGGUUUGUGAAGAACAUUGUAUUGAUGGAUGCUUCUGUCCUCUAGGAACUGUAUUGGAUGAUGUUGAUAACAGGGGCUGUGUCCCACAAAGUGAAUGCUCUUGUACACAUAACAAUAACAAGUACGCACCAGGAGAAUCAUACAGCACCAAAUGCACUACCUGUACCUGUACAGGAGGUCAGUGGAGCUGCACAGACGUUGACUGUCCUGGACAUUGUUCUCUGGAAGGAGGUUCUCACAUCAACACCUAUGAUGGAGGUCACUACACCUUCCAUGGAGAUUGUAGUUAUAUAUUUACUAAGGACUGUGACACAAAUACAUUCACCCUCCUGGCCGAUUUGCGGAGAUGUGGUGUCACUGACACAGAGACCUGUCUGAAGAGUAUUACCCUCUCUCUGGAAAAAGGAAGUGCUGUUGUCACUGUAAAAUCCACUGGUACAGUUCUCCUGAACGGCAUGUAUGCUCAACUACCACUAACUACAGAAAGCAUUAUUGUGUUCCAGCCAUCCUCAUUCUUCCUGGUUAUUCACAGCAUUAAUGGCUUACAGAUUGAAGUUCAGUUGGUCCCAUUCAUGCAGAUCUUUGUCACACUAGAUCAUAACUAUCUCGGUGCAACAUGUGGUCUCUGCGGAAAUUUUAACAAUAUUCGUACAGAUGAUUAUCAAUCUCUAAGUGGUGUAUUGGAAGGUACUGCUGCUGCAUUUGCCAACACAUGGAAGAGUCAAGCAGAUUGUGAUGAUAUAAAGGACAGCUAUGAAGAUCCAUGUACACUCAGCGUAGCAAAUGAGAAGUAUGCUCGCUACUGGUGCUCUUUGCUCUCAGACCCCAAAGGACCCUUUUCUACCUGCCAUGACACAGUAAACCCAAAGGUCUAUGUAAAGAAUUGUAUUUUUGACAGCUGUAAUUAUGAGAAGAGUGAUGACAGUGUGUGCGCAGCAUUUUCAUCCUACGUCCGAGCAUGUGCUGCUGAGGGGAUCAUAUUGGUUAAGUGGAGAGGUCAAAUCUGUGAUAAAUAUACUCAGAAUUGUCCCAAGAACUCUACCUACCAGUACACUGUAAGCUCUUGCCAGAAAACCUGCCGCUCUCUUAGUGAACCUGACCCAACUUGUGCUGUCAAGUACAAUCCCCUGGAUGGCUGUGGGUGUCCCAAUGGAACAUUUUUAGAUGAAAGUGGAACUUGUGUGUCAGCCAAAGAUUGUCCUUGCUUCUACAAGGGAUCGGCAAUGCCUGCUGGAGAGGUCAUCUUUGACAAUGGAGCCAUGUGCACAUGUCAAGGUGGCAGACUGAGCUGUGCUGGGAGUACACCAAGUUUUUAUAAAGAAUGCCCGGAUAACAUGGUAUAUUUCGAUUGUGCCAAUGCAUCUAUGGGAACCAGAGGAGUCGAGUGUCAGAAAACAUGUCAGACAAUAGACUUGGAUUGUUUCAGCAUACAAUGUGCCUCUGGCUGUAUCUGUCCUGAUGGACUGGUGCUCAAUAACAAUGGCAGCUGUGUGCCUGAAACAGAAUGUCCUUGUUUGUACAAUGGGGAAGUUUACCAUAGUGGACAGAGUAUUCAACAAGACUGCAAUACAUGUACUUGUAAGAAUCGGAAGUGGCAGUGUACAAAGAAGGAAUGCCAUCGGACCUGUGUGGUAUAUGGGGAAGGACACUACCAAACCUUUGAUGGAAAACGAUUUGAUUAUAGCGGUGACUGUGAAUAUACUUUGACUCAGGAUUAUUGUGCUUCCAACUCAGGAAAUGGGACGUUCCGUGUGAUCACUGAGAAUAUCCCUUGUGGAACAACUGGGGCUACCUGUUCAAAGGCUAUCAAAGUGUUUUUAGGAAACUUUGAGCUGAAGCUGAGCGAUGGAGUCUUUGAAGUUGUGGAGAGAGACAGUGGAAGUGAAGUUCCUUACCAGAUCAGACAGAUGGGGAUCUACUUUGUAAUCGAGGCGAAGAAUGGACUUGUCCUCGUGUGGGACAAAAAAACUAGUAUCUUAAUUAAGCUCAGCCCUGAAUUCAAGGGACAAGUUUGUGGUCUCUGUGGAAAUUCUGAUGGCAGUGUGUCCAAUGAUUUUACCACAAGGAGUCUGGCAGUCGUGGUCAAUGUACAAGAGUUUGGGAACAGCUGGAAGGCAUCACCAACCUGCCCAGAUGCACAACCUCUAAGAGACCCUUGUAUUGCAAACCCAUACAGAAGGACCUGGUCACAGAAACAUUGCAGCAUUAUUACAAGCCCUGUCUUCUCUAAAUGUCAUGGCAAGGUUGAUCCCAGCCCAUUCCUCGAAGCAUGUGUCCAAGACACGUGUGCUUGUGACUCAGGAGGAGAUUGCGAGUGUUACUGUACAGCUGUAGCAGCUUAUGCUGCAGCAUGUAAUAAAGUUGGAAUCUGUGUAGCAUGGAGGAGCCCCUCGAUUUGCCCCCUUUUCUGUGAUUACUACAACGCUGAAGGAGAAUGUGAGUGGCACUACAAGCCAUGCGGAGCUCCAUGCAUGAAGACUUGCCGAAAUCCAAGUGGAAAUUGCAUGAACCAACUGCCAGGAUUAGAAGGCUGUUAUCCAAAAUGCCCUAAGGCACGUCCUUUCUUCGAUGAAGAUAUCAUGCAGUGUGUUGCACAGGCAAACUGUGGAUGCUAUGAUGAUGAUGGCAAACGCUAUAAUGUUGGAGACAUGGUGCCUUCAUACGAAAACUGUGAAUACUGUAUCUGCACCAGAAAAGGACGUCGCUGUCAGAUGGACUUCAGAGCAUGCUAUUGCUAUUAUGGAAACAUGAAAUAUAACUAUGGAGAGAUCAUCUAUAAUACCACUGAUGGAAUUGGAGGGUGCAUAACAGCCAGAUGUUCAUCUAAUGGAACCAUAGACAGAAAUGUGUACCCAUGUGAAAAAACUACCACAACACCCACGACAACUUUCAAGUUUGACAGAACUACACCACCUGUUGUUAAUCUGUCCACCUCAGAACCAACAUCACCAACCUCAGUAUCCUGCCUAGAAGAAGUCUGUAAAUGGUCAAUGUGGUAUGAUGUCAGUGGUCCAACGUAUGGUCUAACAAAUGGUGAUAAUGAAACAUUUGACAAAAUCAGAGAGAAUGGGCACUCUGUUUGUAAGGUUCCAUCCCAGGUAGAAUGUCGAGCAACAAAGUUCCCCAAUAUAUCAGUUGAGGACUUGGGUCAGGUUAUUCACUGCAAUACAUCCAAAGGACUUUUGUGUUUUAACAAUGAGCAAUUCUCUCAGCUCUGCUUUAAUUAUGAGAUUCGUAUCUUAUGUUGUAGCUAUGUGCCUUGUGGAGAGGCUACAAAAACACCCACUUCUGCUCUCUUGACCUCUCCACUAUCUUUGCCACUGACAUCUACAUCUUCAAAGACUAUGAAAAGUUCAACUGCGGAGCGUAGUACAGGAUCAACUCGAGAAAAAGAACAAACAACUGAAGUUGCAACAACAGAGUUCCCACAACACUCAUCCACUGCUAAAUCACAUACCACUUUUCUUAAUACACCAUGCAAACAGACAUGCACAUGGACUGGUUGGUAUGAUAAUUACUACCCCACUAGUGAGACAUCUGAUGGAGAUUUUGAGACACUUGAAAAUAUUGCAGCUGUUAAUAAUAAUAUUUGCAAAAUGCCAGAUGAUAUUGCAUGUAGAGCUGAAAGAUUCCCCGAUAUAGACUUAAGAGAUCUUGGACAAGUUGUUACCUGCAAUGUUACCCAUGGUCUCAUCUGCCACAACAAAGAUCAAAUUAGCAACUUUCCCUUUUGCUAUAACUAUCAAGUAAAUUUUCUCUGUUGCUCUAUGAAGGACUGUGAAUCAUCUACCAUUUCUGCCCAUGCAACAACAAUUAUGGAGACAACCACAGUUCUUGCAAAAACAUCUAAGUUGACAAGAACUACAACUACAGAAAGCAUGAUCACAUCUGAAAACAUAACAGAGAAAGAGAACAGUACAAGCACAGCUUCCCAAAAACCAACUACUAUGCCAGAAGAAGGAAAUACUACUUCUCAGAAACCAAUUACCCAAAAAACAACAAAGUUUUCAACAUCAGCCGGAGAACUAACAUCUACAAGAAAGUCUUCAACUGCAUCUGGUGAAGUGACAUCUGCUUACAAAACUUCUCGACUUAGUACAGCUUUCAAAAUAUCUACCACAAAGUCUAAACAAGAAAAAACGACUUCCCAAAAACCAUUUACCCAAAAAACUACAACAUUUUCAACUGAAUCUGGUGAAAUAACUUCUACCAGAAGGUCAUCAAGCAAAUCUAAGGAAGUGACAUCUGCUUACAGAACAUCUAAACCAAAUACAUCCAGGCAGGUAUCAACCACAAAGCAUGGUGAAGAAAAAUCUACAACUCAGAAACCAAUUUCAGGAAAAACCACUAAGGUUUCAACUGUAUCUGGUAGAGCGACCUCUGCCAGAAGCUCUUCGAGUGAAUCUGGUGAGGUUACAUCCCCUUACAGAACAUCUCGACUUAGUACAGCUUUCAAAAUAUCUACCACAAAGUCUAAACAAGAAAAAACGACUUCCCAAAAACCAUUUACCCAAAAAACGACUAAAUUUUCAACUGAAUCUGGUGAAAUAACUUCUACCAGAAAGUCAUCAAGCAAAUCUGAGGAAGUGACAUCUGCUUACAGAACAUCUAAACCAAAUACAUCUAGGCAGGUAUCAACCACAAAGCAUGGUGAAGAAAAAUCUACAACUCAGAAACCAAUUUCAGGAAAAACCACUAAAGUUUCAACUGUAUCUGGUGAUGUGACAUCUGCAUACAAAACUUCUAAACUGAGCACAGAUUUAAAAAAAUCAACUACAACACCAGAAGAAGAAGAAUCAACCAUGUCUCAGAAACCAAUUACCCAAAAAACAACAAAGUUUUCCACAGCCUCUGGUGAAGUAACAUCUACAAGAAAGUCAUCAACUGCAUCUGGUGAAGUGACAUCUGCUUACAAAACUUCUAGACUGAGCACAGCUUCCCAAAAACAAACUACUAUGCCAGAAGAAGAAAUUACUACUUCUCAGAAACCAUCAACCCAAAAAACAACAAAGUUUUCAACAGCCUCUGGUGAAGUUACAUCUACAAGAAAGUCAUCAACUGCAUCUGGUGAAAUGACAUCUGCUUACAAAACUUCUAGACAGAGCACAGCUUCCCAGAAAACAAGUACUAUGCCAGAAGAAGAAAAAUCUACAACUCAGAAACCAAUUACCCAAAAAACAACAAAGUUUUCAACAGCCUCUGGUGAAGUAACUUCUACAAAAAAGUUUUCAACUAUAUCUGGUGAAGUUACAUCUGCUUACAAAACAUCUAGACUGAGCACAGCUUCCCAAAAACCAACUACUAUGCCAGAAGAAGAAAAUACUACUUCUCAGAAACCAAUUACCCAAAAAACAACAAAGUUUUCAACAUCAGCCGGAGAACUAACAUCUACAAGAAAGUCUUCAACUGCAUCUGGUGAAGUGACAUCUGCUUACAAAACUUCUCGACUUAGUACAGCUUUCAAAAUAUCUACCACAAAGUCUAAACAAGAAAAAACGACUUCCCAAAAACCAUUUACCCAAAAAACUACAACAUUUUCAACUGAAUCUGGUGAAAUAACUUCUACCAGAAGGUCAUCAAGCAAAUCUGAGGAAAAGACAUCUGCUUACAGAACAUCUAAACCAAAUACAUCCAGGCAGGUAUCAACCACAAAGCAUGGUGAAGAGAAAUCUACAACUCAGAAACCAAUUUCAGGAAAAACCACUAAGGUUUCAACAGUAUCUGGUAGAGCGACCUCUGCCAGAAGCUCUUCGAGUGAAUCUGGUGAGGUUACAUCUCCUUACAGAACAUCUCGACUUAGUACAGCUUUCAAAAUAUCUACCACAAAGUCUAAACAAGAAAAAACGACUUCCCAAAAACCAUUUACCCAAAAAACUACUAAAUUUUCAACUGAAUCUGGUGAAAUAACUUCUACCAGAAAGUCAUCAAGCAAAUCUGAGGAAGUGACAUCUGCUUACAGAACAUCUAAACCAAAUACAUCCAGGCAGGUAUCAACCACAAAGCAUGGUGAAGAGAAAUCUACAACUCAGAAACCAAUUUCAGGAAAAACCACUAAGGUUUCAACAGUAUCUGGUAGAGCGACCUCUGCCAGAAGCUCUUCGAGUGAAUCUGGUGAGGUUACAUCCCCUUACAGAACAUCUCGACUUAGUACAGAUUUCAAAAUAUCUACCACAAAGUCUAAACAAGAAAAAACAACUCCCCAAAAACCAUUUACCCAAAAAACUACUAAAUUUUCAACUGAAUCUGGUGAAAUAACUUCUACCAGAAAGUCAUCAAGCAAAUCUGAGGAAGUGACAUCUGCUUACAGAACAUCUAAACCAAAUACAUCUAGGCAGGUAUCAACCACAAAGCAUGGUGAAGAAAAAUCUACAACUCAGAAACCAAUUUCAGGAAAAACCACUAAGGUUUCAACUGUAUCUGGUAGAGUAACCUCUGCCAGAAGCUCUUCAAGUGAAUCUGGUGAGGUGACAUCCCUUUACAGAACAUCUCGACUUAGUACAGCUUUCAAAAUAUCUACCACAAAGUCUAAACAAGAAAAAACAACUCCCCAAAAACCAUUUACCCAAAAAACUACUAAAUUUUCAACUGAAUCUGGUGAAAUAACUUCUACCAGAAAGUCAUCAAGCAAAUCUGAGGAAGUGACAUCUGCUUACAGAACAUCUAAACCAAAUACAUCUAGGCAGGUAUCAACCACAAAGCAUGGUGAAGAAAAAUCUACAACUCAGAAACCAAUUUCAGGAAAAACCACUAAGGUUUCAACUGUAUCUGGUGAAGUGACAUCUGCAUACAAAACUUCUAAACUGAGCACAGAUUUAAAAAAAUCAACUACAACACCAGAAGAAGAAGAAUCAACCAUUACAGCUUCCCAAAAAACAACUACUAUGCCAGAAGAAGAAAAUACUACUUCUCAGAAACCAUCAACCCAAAAAACAACAAAGUUUUCAACAGCCUCUGGUGAAGUUACAUCUACAAGAAAGUCAUCAACUGCAUCUGGUGAAGUGACAUCUGCUUACAAAACUUCUAGACUGAGCACAGUUUCCCAAAAACCAACUACUAUGCCAGAAGAAGAAAAAACUACUUCUCAGAAACCAAUUACCCAAAAAACAACAAAGCUUUCAACAUCAGCCGGAGAAUUAACAUCUACAAGAAAGUCUUCAACUGCAUCUGGUGAAGUGACAUCUGCUUACAAAACUUCUAGACAGAGCACAGCUUCCCAGAAAACAAGUACUUCACCAAAAGAAGAAAAAUCUACUUCUCAGAAACCAUCAACCCAAAAAACAACAAAGCUUUCAACGUCAGCCGGGGAACUAAAAUCUACAAGACAGUCUUCAACUGCAUCUGGUGAAGUGACAUCUGCAUACAAAACUUCUAAACUGAGCACAGAUUUAAAAAAAUCAACUACAACACCAGAAGAAGAAGAAUCAACCAUGUCUCAGAAACCAAUUACCCAAAAAACAACAAAGUUUUCAACAGCCUCUGGUGAAGUAACAUCUACAAGAAAGUCAUCAACUGCAUCUGGUGAAGUGACAUCUGCUUACAAAACUUCUAGACUGAGCACAGCUUCCCAAAAAACAACUACUAUGCCAGAAGAAGAAAAUACUACUUCUCAGAAACCAUCAACCCAAAAAACAACAAAGUUUUCAACAGCCUCUGGUGAAGUUACAUCUACAAGAAAGUCAUCAACUGCAUCUGGUGAAGUGACAUCUGCUUACAAAACUUCUAGACUGAGCACAGUUUCCCAAAAACCAACUACUAUGCCAGAAGAAGAAAAAACUACUUCUCAGAAACCAAUUACCCAAAAAACAACAAAGCUUUCAACAUCAGCCGGAGAAUUAACAUCUACAAGAAAGUCUUCAACUGCAUCUGGUGAAGUGACAUCUGCUUACAAAACUUCUAGACAGAGCACAGCUUCCCAGAAAACAAGUACUUCACCUGAAGAAGAAAAAACUACUUCUCAGAAACCAUACACCCAAAAAACAACAAAGUUUUCGACAGCCUCUGGUGAAGUUACAUCUACAAGAAAGUCAUCAACUGCAUCUGGUGAAGUGACAUCUGCUUACAAAACUUCUAGACAGAGCACAGCUUUCCAAAAACCAACUACUAUGCCAGAAGAAGGAAAUACUACUUCUCAGAAACCAAUUACCCAAAAAACAACAAAGUUUUCAACAUCAGCCGGAGAACUAACAUCUACAAGAAAGUCUUCAACUGCAUCUGGUGAAGUGACAUCUGCUUACAAAACUUCUCGACUUAGUACAGCUUUCAAAAUAUCUACCACAAAGUCUAAACAAGAAAAAACGACUUCCCAAAAACCAUUUACCCAAAAAACUACAAAAUUUUCAACUGAAUCUGGUGAAAUAACUUCUACCAGAAGGUCAUCAAGCAAAUCUAAGGAAGUGACAUCUGCUUACAGAACAUCUAAACCAAAUACAUCCAGGCAGGUAUCAACCACAAAGCAUGGUGAAGAAAAAUCUACAACUCAGAAACCAAUUUCAGGAAAAACCACUAAGGUUUCAACUGUAUCUGGUAGAGCGACCUCUGCCAGAAGCUCUUCGAGUGAAUCUGGUGAGGUUACAUCCCCUUACAGAACAUCUCGACUUAGUACAGCUUUCAAAAUAUCUACCACAAAGUCUAAACAAGAAAAAACGACUUCCCAAAAACCAUUUACCCAAAAAACGACUAAAUUUUCAACUGAAUCUGGUGAAAUAACUUCUACCAGAAAGUCAUCAAGCAAAUCUGAGGAAGUGACAUCUGCUUACAGAACAUCUAAACCAAAUACAUCUAGGCAGGUAUCAACCACAAAGCAUGGUGAAGAAAAAUCUACAACUCAGAAACCAAUUUCAGGAAAAACCACUAAAGUUUCAACUGUAUCUGGUGAUGUGACAUCUGCAUACAAAACUUCUAAACUGAGCACAGAUUUAAAAAAAUCAACUACAACACCAGAAGAAGAAGAAUCAACCAUGUCUCAGAAACCAAUUACCCAAAAAACAACAAAGUUUUCAACAGCCUCUGGUGAAGUUACAUCUACAAGAAAGUCAUCAACUGCAUCUGGUGAAAUGACAUCUGCUUACAAAACUUCUAGACAGAGCACAGCUUCCCAGAAAACAAGUACUAUGCCAGAAGAAGAAAAAUCUACAACUCAGAAACCAAUUACCCAAAAAACAACAAAGUUUUCAACAGCCUCUGGUGAAGUAACUUCUACAAAAAAGUCUUCAACUAUAUCUGGUGAAGUUACAUCUGCUUACAAAACAUCUAGACUGAGCACAGCUUCCCAAAAACCAACUACUAUGCCAGAAGAAGAAAAUACUACUUCUCAGAAACCAAUUACCCAAAAAACAACAAAGUUUUCAACAUCAGCCGGAGAACUAACAUCUACAAGAAAGUCUUCAACUGCAUCUGGUGAAGUGACAUCUGCUUACAAAACUUCUCGACUUAGUACAGCUUUCAAAAUAUCUACCACAAAGUCUAAACAAGAAAAAACGACUUCCCAAAAACCAUUUACCCAAAAAACUACAACAUUUUCAACUGAAUCUGGUGAAAUAACUUCUACCAGAAGGUCAUCAAGCAAAUCUGAGGAAAAGACAUCUGCUUACAGAACAUCUAAACUAAAUACAUCCAGGCAGGUAUCAACCACAAAGCAUGGUGAAGAGAAAUCUACAACUCAGAAACCAAUUUCAGGAAAAACCACUAAGGUUUCAACAGUAUCUGGUAGAGCGACCUCUGCCAGAAGCUCUUCGAGUGAAUCUGGUGAGGUUACAUCCCCUUACAGAACAUCUCGACUUAGUACAGCUUUCAAAAUAUCUACCACAAAGUCUAAACAAGAAAAAACGACUUCCCAAAAACCAUUUACCCAAAAAACUACUAAAUUUUCAACUGAAUCUGGUGAAAUAACUUCUACCAGAAAGUCAUCAAGCAAAUCUGAGGAAGUGACAUCUGCUUACAGAACAUCUAAACCAAAUACAUCUAGGCAGGUAUCAACCACAAAGCAUGGUGAAGAAAAAUCUACAACUCAGAAACCAAUUUCAGGAAAAACCACUAAGGUUUCAACUGUAUCUGGUAGAGUAACCUCUGCCAGAAGCUCUUCAAGUGAAUCUGGUGAGGUGACAUCCCUUUACAGAACAUCUCGACUUAGUACAGCUUUCAAAAUAUCUACCACAAAGUCUAAACAAGAAAAAACAACUCCCCAAAAACCAUUUACCCAAAAAACUACUAAAUUUUCAACUGAAUCUGGUGAAAUAACUUCUACCAGAAAGUCAUCAAGCAAAUCUGAGGAAGUGACAUCUGCUUACAGAACAUCUAAACCAAAUACAUCUAGGCAGGUAUCAACCACAAAGCAUGGUGAAGAAAAAUCUACAACUCAGAAACCAAUUUCAGGAAAAACCACUAAGGUUUCAACUGUAUCUGGUGAAGUGACAUCUGCAUACAAAACUUCUAAACUGAGCACAGAUUUAAAAAAAUCAACUACAACACCAGAAGAAGAAGAAUCAACCAUGUCUCAGAAACCAAUUACCCAAAAAACAACAAAGUUUUCAACAGCCUCUGGUGAAGUAACAUCUACAAGAAAGUCAUCAACUGCAUCUGGUGAAGUGACAUCUGCUUACAAAACUUCUAGACUGAGUACAGCUUCCCAAAAAACAACUACUAUGCCAGAAGAAGAAAAUACUACUUCUCAGAAACCAUCAACCCAAAAAACAACAAAGUUUUCAACAGCCUCUGGUGAAGUUACAUCUACAAGAAAGUCAUCAACUGCAUCUGGUGAAGUGACAUCUGCUUACAAAACUUCUAGACUGAGCACAGUUUCCCAAAAACCAACUACUAUGCCAGAAGAAGAAAAAACUACUUCUCAGAAACCAAUUACCCAAAAAACAACAAAGCUUUCAACAUCAGCCGGAGAAUUAACAUCUACAAGAAAGUCUUCAACUGCAUCUGGUGAAGUGACAUCUGCUUACAAAACUUCUAGACAGAGCACAGCUUCCCAGAAAACAAGUACUUCACCAGAAGAAGAAAAAUCUACUUCUCAGAAACCAUCAACCCAAAAAACAACAAAGCUUUCAACGUCAGCCGGGGAACUAACAUCUACAAGACAGUCUUCAACUGCAUCUGGUGAAGUGACAUCUGCAUACAAAACUUCUAAACUGAGCACAGAUUUAAAAAAAUCAACUACAACACCAGAAGAAGAAGAAUCAACCAUGUCUCAGAAACCAAUUACCCAAAAAACAACAAAGUUUUCAACAGCCUCUGGUGAAGUAACAUCUACAAGAAAGUCAUCAACUGCAUCUGGUGAAGUGACAUCUGCUUACAAAACUUCUAGACUGAGCACAGCUUCCCAAAAAACAACUACUAUGCCAGAAGAAGAAAAUACUACUUCUCAGAAACCAUCAACCCAAAAAACAACAAAGUUUUCAACAGCCUCUGGUGAAGUUACAUCUACAAGAAAGUCAUCAACUGCAUCUGGUGAAGUGACAUCUGCUUACAAAACUUCUAGACUGAGCACAGUUUCCCAAAAACCAACUACUAUGCCAGAAGAAGAAAAAACUACUUCUCAGAAACCAAUUACCCAAAAAACAACAAAGCUUUCAACAUCAGCCGGAGAAUUAACAUCUACAAGAAAGUCUUCAACUGCAUCUGGUGAAGUGACAUCUGCUUACAAAACUUCUAGACAGAGCACAGCUUCCCAGAAAACAAGUACUUCACCAGAAGAAGAAAAAUCUACUUCUCAGAAACCAUCAACCCAAAAAACAACAAAGCUUUCAACGUCAGCCGGGGAACUAACAUCUACAAGACAGUCUUCAACUGCAUCUGGUGAAGUGACAUCUGCAUACAAAACUUCUAAACUGAGCACAGAUUUAAAAAAAUCAACUACAACACCAGAAGAAGAAGAAUCAACCAUGUCUCAGAAACCAAUUACCCAAAAAACAACAAAGUUUUCAACAGCCUCUGGUGAAGUAACAUCUACAAGAAAGUCAUCAACUGCAUCUGGUGAAGUGACAUCUGCUUACAAAACUUCUAGACUGAGCACAGCUUCCCAAAAAACAACUACUAUGCCAGAAGAAGAAAAUACUACUUCUCAGAAACCAUCAACCCAAAAAACAACAAAGUUUUCAACAGCCUCUGGUGAAGUUACAUCUACAAGAAAGUCAUCAACUGCAUCUGGUGAAGUGACAUCUGCUUACAAAACUUCUAGACUGAGCACAGUUUCCCAAAAACCAACUACUAUGCCAGAAGAAGAAAAAACUACUUCUCAGAAACCAAUUACCCAAAAAACAACAAAGCUUUCAACAUCAGCCGGAGAAUUAACAUCUACAAGAAAGUCUUCAACUGCAUCUGGUGAAGUGACAUCUGCUUACAAAACUUCUAGACAGAGCACAGCUUCCCAGAAAACAAGUACUUCACCAGAAGAAGAAAAAACGACUUCUCAGAAACCAUCAACCCAAAAAACAACAAAGCUUUCAACAUCAGCCGGAGAACUAACAUCUACAAGAAAGUCUUCAACUGCAUCUGGUGAAGUGACAUCUGCAUACAAAACUUCUAAACUGAGCACAGAUUUAAAAAAAUCAACUACAACACCAGAAGAAGAAGAAUCAACCAUGUCUCAGAAACCAAUUACCCAAAAAACAACAAAGUUUUCAACAGCCUCUGGUGAAGUAACAUCUACAAGAAAGUCAUCAACUGCAUCUGGUGAAGUGACAUCUGCUUACAAAACUUCCAGACUGAGCACAGCUUCCCAAAAAACAACUACUAUGCCAGAAGAAGAAAAUACUACUUCUCAGAAACCAUCAACCCAAAAAACAACAAAGUUUUCAACAGCCUCUGGUGAAGUUACAUCUACAAGAAAGUCAUCAACUGCAUCUGGUGAAGUGACAUCUGCUUACAAAACUUCUAGACUGAGCACAGUUUCCCAAAAACCAACUACUAUGCCAGAAGAAGAAAAAACUACUUCUCAGAAACCAAUUACCCAAAAAACAACAAAGCUUUCAACAUCAGCCGGAGAAUUAACAUCUACAAGAAAGUCUUCAACUGCAUCUGGUGAAGUGACAUCUGCUUACAAAACUUCUAGACUGAGUACAGCUUCCCAAAAAACAACUACUAUGCCAGAAGAAGAAAAUACUACUUCUCAGAAACCAUCAACCCAAAAAACAACAAAGUUUUCAACAGCCUCUGGUGAAGUUACAUCUACAAGAAAGUCAUCAACUGCAUCUGGUGAAGUGACAUCUGCUUACAAAACUUCUAGACUGAGCACAGUUUCCCAAAAACCAACUACUAUGCCAGAAGAAGAAAAAACUACUUCUCAGAAACCAAUUACCCAAAAAACAACAAAGCUUUCAACAUCAGCCGGAGAAUUAACAUCUACAAGAAAGUCUUCAACUGCAUCUGGUGAAGUGACAUCUGCUUACAAAACUUCUAGACAGAGCACAGCUUCCCAGAAAACAAGUACUUCACCAGAAGAAGAAAAAUCUACUUCUCAGAAACCAUCAACCCAAAAAACUACAACGUUUUCAACAGCCUCUGGUGAAGGUACUUCUACCAGAAAGUCUUCAACUGCAUCUGGAGAAGUGACAUCUGCUUACAAAACUUCUAGACUGAGCACAGCUUCCCAGAAAACAAAUACUUCACCAGAAGAAGAAAAAUCUUCAACUCAGAAACCAAUUACCCAAAAAACAACAAAGUUUUCAACAGCCUCUCGUGAAGUAACUUCUACAAAAAAGUCUUCAACUAUAUCUGGUGAAGUUACAUCUGCUUACAAAACAUCUAGACUUAGUACAGCUUUAAAAAUAUCUACCACAAAGUCUAAACAAGAAAAAACAACUCCCCAAAAACCAUUUACUCAAAAAACUACUACAUUUUCAACUGAAUCUGGUGAAAUAACUUCUACCAGAAAGUCAUCAAGCAAAUCUAAGGAAGUGACAUCUGCUUACAGAACAUCUAAACCAAAUACAUCCAGGCAUGUAUCAACCACAAAGCAUGAUGAAGAAAAAUCUACAACUCAGAAAUCAAUUUCAGGAAAAACCACUAAGGUUUCAACUGUAUCUGGUAGAGUUACCUCUGCCAGAAGCUCUUCGAGUGAAUCUGGUGAGGUUACAUCCCCUUACAGAACAUCUCGACUUAGUACAGCUUUCAAAAUAUCUACCACAAAGUCUAAACAAGAAAAAACGACUUCCCAAAAACCAUUUACCCAAAAAACUACUAAAUUUUCAACUGAAUCUGGUGAAAUAACUUCUACCAGAAAGUCAUCAAGCAAAUCUGAGGAUAUGACAUCUGCUUACAGAACAUCUAAACCAAAUACAUCUAGGCAGGUAUCAACCACAAAGCAUGGUGAAGAAAAAUCUACAACUCAGAAACCAAUUUCAGGAAAAACCACUAAGGUUUCAACUGUAUCUGGUAGAGCGACCUCUGCCAGAAGCUCUUCAAGUGAAUCUGGUGAGGUGACAUCCCUUUACAGAACAUCUCGACUUAGUACAGCUUUCAAAAUAUCUACCACAAAGUCUAACCAAGAAAAAACAACUCCCCAAAAACCAUUUACCCAAAAAACUACUAAAUUUUCAACUGAAUCUGGUGAAAUAACUUCUACCAGAAAGUCAUCAAGCAAAUCUGAGGAAGUGACAUCUGCUUACAGAACAUCUAAACCAAAUACAUCUAGGCAGGUAUCAACCACAAAGCAUGGUGAAGAAAAAUCUACAACUCAGAAACCAAUUUCAGGAAAAACCACUAAGGUUUCAACUGUAUCUGGUAGAGCGACCUCUGCCAGAAGCUCUUCAAGUGAAUCUGGUGAGGUGACAUCCCCUUACAGAACAUCUCGACUUAGUACAGCUUUCAAAAUAUCUACCACAAAGUCUAACCAAGAAAAAACAACUCCCCAAAAACCAUUUACCCAAAAAACUACUAAAUUUUCAACUGAAUCUGGUGAAAUAACUUCUACCAGAAAGUCAUCAAGCAAAUCUGAGGAAGUGACAUCUGCUUACAGAACAUCUAAACCAAAUACAUCUAGGCAGGUAUCAACCACAAAGCAUGGUGAAGAAAAAUCUACAACUCAGAAACCAAUUUCAGGAAAAACCACUAAGGUUUCAACUGUAUCUGGUAGAGCGACCUCUGCCAGAAGCUCUUCGAGUGAAUCUGGUGAGGUGACAUCCCCUUACAGAACAUCUCGACUUAGUACAGCUUUCAAAAUAUCUACCACAAAGUCUAAACAAGAAAAAACAACUCCCCAAAAACCAUUUACCCAAAAAACUACUAAAUUUUCAACUGAAUCUGGUGAAAUAACUUCUACCAGAAAGUCAUCAAGCAAAUCUGAGGAAGUGACAUCUGCUUACAGAACAUCUAAACCAAAUACAUCUAGGCAGGUAUCAACCGCAAAGCAUGGUGAAGAAAAAUCUACAACUCAGAAACCAAUUUCAGGAAAAACCACUAAGGUUUCAACUGUAUCUGGUAGAGCGACCUCUUCCAGAAGCUCUUCGAGUGAAUCUGGUGAGGUGACAUUCCCUUACAGAACAUCUCGACUUAGUACAGCUUUCAAAAUAUCUACCACAAAGUCUAAACAAGAAAAAACAACUCCCCAAAAACCAUUUACCCAAAAAACUACUAAAUUUUCAACUGAAUCUGGUGAAAUAACUUCUACCAGAAAGUCAUCAAGCAAAUCUGAGGAAGUGACAUCUGCUUACAGAACAUCUAAACCAAAUACAUCUAGGCAGGUAUCAACCACAAAGCAUGGUGAAGAAAAUUCUACAACUCAGAAACCAAUUUCAGGAAAAACCACUAAGGUUUCAACUGUAUCUGGUAGAGCGACCUCUGCCAGAAGCUCUUCGAGUGAAUCUGGUGAGGUUACAUCCCCUUACAGAACAUCUCGACUUAGUACAGCUUUCAAAAUAUCUACCACAAAGUCUAAACAAGAAAAAACAACUCCCCAAAAACCAUUUACCCAAAAAACUACUAAAUUUUUAACUGAAUCUGGUGAAAUAACUUCUACCAGAAAGUCAUCAAGCAAAUCUGAGGAAGUGACAUCUGCUUACAGAACAUCUAAACCAAAUACAUCUAGGCAGGUAUCAACCGCAAAGCAUGGUGAAGAAAAAUCUACAACUCAGAAACCAAUUUCAGGAAAAACCACUAAGGUUUCAACUGUAUCUGGUAGAGCGACCUCUUCCAGAAGCUCUUCGAGUGAAUCUGGUGAGGUGACAUCCCCUUACAGAACAUCUCGACUUAGUACAGCUUUCAAAAUAUCUACCACAAAGUCUAAACAAGAAAAAACAACUCCCCAAAAACCAUUUACCCAAAAAACUACUAAAUUUUCAACUGAAUCUGGUGAAAUAACUUCUACCAGAAAGUCAUCAAGCAAAUCUGAGGAAGUGACAUCUGCUUACAGAACAUCUAAACCAAAUACAUCUAGGCAGGUAUCAACCACAAAGCAUGGUGAAGAAAAUUCUACAACUCAGAAACCAAUUUCAGGAAAAACCACUAAGGUUUCAACUGUAUCUGGUAGAGUGACCUCUGCCAGAAGCUCUUCGAGUGAAUCUGGUGAGGUUACAUCCCCUUACAGAACAUCUCGACUUAGUACAGCUUUCAAAAUAUCUACCACAAAGUCUAAACAAGAAAAAACAUCUCCCCAAAAACCAUUUACCCAAAAAACUACUAAAUUUUCAACUGAAUCUGGUGAAAUAACUUCUACCAGAAAGUCAUCAAGCAAAUCUGAGGAAGUGACAUCCUCUUACAGAACAUCUAAACCAAAUACAUCUAGGCAGGUAUCAACCACAAAGCAUGGUGAAGAAAAAUCUACAACUCAGAAACCAAUUUCAGGAAAAACCACUAAGGUGUCAACUGUAUCUGGUAGAGCGACCUCUGCCAGAAGCUCUUCAAGUGAAUCUGGUGAGGUGACAUCCCCUUACAGAACAUCUCGACUUAGUACAGCUUUCAAAAUAUCUACCACAAAGUCUAAACAAGAAAAAACAACUCCCCAAAAACCAUUUACCCAAAAAACUACUACAUUUUCAACUGAAUCUGGUGAAAUAACUUCUACCAGAAAGUCAUCAAGCAAAUCUGAGGAAGUGACAUCUGCUUACAGAACAUCUAAACCAAAUACAUCUAGGCAGGUAUCAACCACAAAGCAUGGUGAAGAAAAAUCUACAACUAAGAAACCAAUUUCAGGAAAAACCACUAAGGUUUCAACUGUAUCUGGUAGAGCGACCUCUGCCAGAAGCUAUUCAAGUGAAUCUGGAAAUAUUACAUCUCCUUACAUAACAUCUAGACCAAGUACACAUGCCCGCACAUCCAUUACAAUGCAUGAAGCAAUUACAACUCCUAAUUCAACAAAUCAACAGUCCACAGCUCAACAAACAUUUACAACUGCCAAGUGUAUGUGCAACUUGAAUGGCAUGCUGGUUCCUCCUGGCAAAGUGUUAUAUAACACAACUGAUAAUGCAGGCUGGUGUUUCUUUGCCCGAUGUAAUGAGACCUGCCAAGUGGAGAGAUAUAGUGAAGAAUGUGACAAUUCUACACAAAAAACCACCACAAGUAUUACCGGAAAAACUGUCACUACCAGAACAGCAAUCACCACUUCCCAAAAGCCAAGCAUUACAACCUCACGUGGCAUGAGCACCGCAACAUCUCAGACAAAGCAUUCUGCUACACCUCCUUUGACAUCCAGCACCCCAACAUAUGAGUGCAGUGCACUAACGCCACCUAGAAAGAUAAAUGAAACCUGGGCUGUAGACCAAUGUUACAAUGCAACUUGUGUUGGUCAGAACAACAUAGAUAUAAAAAAGAUGCAAUGCCCACCAGUUAAAAACAUUGUCUGCGCCAAUCGCUUCCAGCCAAGAAAAACAUAUGACGAGAGUGGCUGCUGCUAUCAAAAUCAAUGUGAAUGUGUUUGCGGUGGUUGGGGAAACUCCCAUUACAUCACUUUUGAUGGUACUUAUUAUGACUUCUCUGGCCAAUGCACCUAUGUCCUUGUUCAGCAAAUCACACCACGCUUUGACCAUUUCCAGAUUUAUAUUGAUAACUUCAGUUGUGACCCUGAUGAUCCAAACUGUGUUAAGACACUCCGGAUCAUGUACAAGAAUGAUGUGGUCGUGCUGGAAUCCCGAGAGGAGAACCAGAGACCGGAGAGCAAGGUAUACUUCAACGAGGAAAGGGUGUACCCAACAAUAAACAGAAACGGCAUUAAUAUCUCCUUCUCUGGUAUCUUUGUGAUUGUGGAAAUACCAGAGUUGUCCGCCUACAUCUCAUUUAAUGUCAUUAGUUUCACUAUUAGGUUGCCAUUAAACAAGUUUUCAGGGAAUACAGAAGGCCAUUGUGGCAAGUGUUCCAAUAACCGUAUUGAUGAUUGCAUACUGCCCAAUGGAAAGCUGGCUCCAUCUUGUGCACAAAUGGCAGGAGAAUGGAGUGCACCAGACCAGGAUCCAUCUACCUGUAGUGCCUCCUCCACCAUUGCCCCUUCCACUAUAAUCCAAACCACAUUCCAAUUUUCCACAAAGGCAUCCACAUAUUUCUCCACAUUGUUAUCUAGCCUACCUCCAACAAUCUCAUCAACAGCUAUUCCACUUACAGAACUGUCCACUCUACCAUCUACCCAUUUUGCACCCACUACUGGGGGGGAAGGGCCCUGCGAGACCCCAGAGCUCUGCUCUCUCAUCCUUAGCAGUGUCUUCAAGCCGUGCCACACAGCUGUGCCCCCUGAUCCAUUCUUCCAGUCCUGUGUCCAUGAUGGAUGUAACAGGACCGGUGGUGGAAUUCUCUGCUCCAGUUUAGAGAGUUAUGCCAGAAUAUGUGCUAUACAAGGCAUCUGUAUAGAUUGGAGGAACAGUACUAAUGGCAUAUGUCCCAAGAAUUGCACCGAAGGUACGGUUUAUAAACCAUGUGGCGUUCCAACAGAACCUACCUGUAACUCCAGAUACAAUGAAAUGUUCACACAUAACAGCCAGCAUGAUAUUGUUGAAGGAUGUUAUUGUCCUGAGGGUACUUUCAAAUUCAACAAAAUUUCGAGCAUAUGUGUCACCUCUUGUGGUUGCACUGGCCCAGAUGGAAUGCCCAGAGAGCCAGGAGAAGAAUGGGAAAGUAACUGCCAAACAUGUCAAUGUGAUAACCAGACAAUGAGUGUGCAGUGUACACCAAAGGUGUGCCCUUCACCUACCCCUAACACUUGCACAGAGGAAGGAUCAAUGCCAAUAUCUGUGCCCGACCUUGCCAACCCCUGCUGCAUUGUGACAGAAUGCAGGUGCAACCUCAGCUUGUGUAGAAGUGAGAAGCCUGUUUGUGCACCUGGCACUGAAUCUGUACCACAUUACAAUGAAGGAGCCUGCUGCCCUGCCUACACAUGUGAGCCCAAACCUGUGUGUGUGUAUAAUGAAACCGAGUACCAGCCUGGCACCAUUGUUCCUUCAACCAACCCAUGCGAGCAGUGUAACUGUGAGAUCACCAUGGAACAGCCUUCCAUUUCCUGCACACCACUUGUGUGUCAAAUAAAAUGCGCAAAGGGUUAUGUGUAUCAAGACAUUCCAGAUAAAUGCUGCGGAAAGUGUGUACAGACUAACUGUACCAUAGAUCUUCCAGAUAACUCUGUUUAUCUGCUGCCGCCCGGAGAGAUCUGGUCACCUCCUGGUGAUAACUGCACACAUUAUGAGUGUGUAAAGAAAAAUGACAAGUUGCUACCUGUGGCAUCCAUAAUGUCCUGCCCCCAAAUUGACGUGGAUAACUGUAUCAAUGGUACAAUUAAAAUGGAUGACACUGGAUGCUGUCAGACCUGUGUCCAACAACCCACAAAGUGUCAGAAAAUAAAAACCGAAAGCAUCGUCCUUCAAGAUGGCUGCAAGUCCCUUUCCCCAGUGACAAUGUCUUACUGCUCGGGCAAUUGUGCCAGUUCCUCCAAAUAUUCGGAAACUGCACAGACCAUGGAGCACCAGUGUAGCUGUUGCCAGGAAACUCAAACGGAAAAAGUGACCAUCGACUUAAGUUGUCCCACUGGUGUAACCAAGAAAUAUUCCUUUAUAAAUGUCAUCAGUUGUGCCUGUGUCGAUACCCACUGCUAGGAAUAUGAGACAAGAGACAAAAUAAGUAGUGAAGAUAAUAACCAGUAAAACACAUCUAAGGAAAAGAAUGUUAAGCCCAAAUAACAAAAGCAGACUCUCGAAAGAGAGAAGCAAUAGAUAUACAAGGCAAACUUAUAACACAUUCUCCUUGCUAGUGAGCGAUAGUCAGGGAUAAUGUAAGUUACACAAAAAUAUACUGAAAUUAAACCUAAGGCACCUUUAAAUGAGAACGUAAGUUAUUUGAGCAACUCAUAUCCUAACAGCAAUUAGAUUAUGCUGAGUCACAACUGAAGUUUGCAAACUGGUUUAAACCAAAUUUAGAAAUUAUCUUAAUUUUAUUCUGUGUCUGAAAUGUUCAUUACCUGUGAUAUAUAUUUAAAAAAGAAAAAAUCAAUUAAAUAAAUGUUA